AUGGCUCCCUACUUACAGGCACAUCUACGCAGGUCUCGUUUCCCGGGACAGGUUCAUCCUGGGCCAUCGGUCAUAGUCUCCGCCUUCAGCAUGGCAAAAACAGUUCGACCCACGGUUCACAUGAGGCCGUUGAGCCUUGGCCCUGGCUGGGGGACUCUUGAGCCAGCUCUACAACGAUGGCAGGAAGCCCGAGUUCGAGAUCAUACUGUCCGUGGGAUUGGAAUGGAAGCAGUCGCCGAGGGAAAAAUACCCUCAAGUGUCGGGGUUUGCUUCUUAUUCCCCCCUCAACCACAACGCCGGUGGUUAAAUCCGUUGUGGUGGCCGGCCUAUUUGAGGGUCCUCUGGGAUCAGUAUUGGGCCAAACCGAAAGAACCAUUUACAGACGAAGAGCGAAUCGGCAUCAUGAUGGAUGGCCACUAUGCAUCCGCAAAGAAGAUUAAGAGUAGAUAUCCUCCAAACUCGCUCUAUUACCUGGAGAUCGCUGCGGUCAAACCAGACACUCAAGGAAUGGGUGUCGGUGGUGCAAUUAUGAGUUGGGUUGUGGAUCGGCUGGGAAAGUCUCCCUGUUUCUUGGAAUGCACCAACGAGAGAAACAUUGCCUUUUAUGAGAAGUAUGGAUUUAAACUGUUGGAGGAGAAGACAUUGUUUCAUGGCGCAAAUCAGUCCUCCGCCACCUUGUUUUACAUGGUGAGAGACAAGGCGAGUCUUGGGUUAUAA